CAAGGACCAGGCCUAUUUAUUUCUGUAAAAGCAAAAUACAUUGUAGUGAUUGCACUUACUCCAUACCACCACGUCUAUGAUAUCGCGUAGGUGUGCCAGCGAUUCCUCAGAGACUAAUUUCUUACGUGUUGUCUGGAUGAUACACAAAGUCAGCAAAAAUAAACGGAUUAAAGCUUAACGACCACCAUGCGCUCAGUAUGGUAAUUGGUAUCACUCAACGUGCACGUGUGCCAUCGCCAUGAUACAUCCCACCCACGUGUUGUUUGCAGUGUGUCUGUCCGUAAUCGGUCCGCUCCGUAAAUGGGUUUUUGGUGCAGCGUGAGUUUUGCGUAGUGACCCACGCAUGUGCGAACUACAUACAGCCGGACUACACUGUUGAUGCACGAUAGCCAGCCCAGGGGAGAAACACACGUGGACGCAAUGGACUUGUGUUCUUAAAGGACAAACCGAACCCUUUACUCCUGACAACAACCGCCACUUCACAGCCAUUGUCGUCUUUUUGUCCUCUGUCGCGUCCUAGCCUCCUCGGCAAAAUGUUGAGUGUCAUAGCUCACCUGAACUCGCUAAAGUUCGUGGCGCCGGCGGUGAUGAUGAUGGGCUCCGCGCCGCCGUACUUCGUGCUGUUCAGCGGGUGGAAGGUCGUGUCGUGCCUCUUGCCUGAGCGUUGGCACCGGGCGGUGGACGAUUGUCUCUGGGGGACCUACCAACGGCUGGUUGAGUUCUUCUUUGAAAACUAUACAGGCACGGAAGUGGUACUGUAUGGCGAUGUGGAAGCCCUGGACCGGUCAGAGAAUGUGAUUUACAUGUGCAACCACCAGACGACGAUGGAUUGGGUGGUCGCCGACAUGAUAGCCAUCCGUGGAGGCAUGCUGGGAAACAUGCGAUUUGUCCUGAAGGAUGGCUUGAAGUACAUGCCCCUCUAUGGGUGGGAAUUCGGUCAACACGGCGGUAUUUAUGUCAAGCGGGACAAGAAGUUUGAUCAGAAGAACCGGAAGCAAUUUCGCAAGAGACUGGAUGUCCUACGCAAGAAUGAUAUCCCAACAUGGUUGAUCGUUUUUCCUGAGGGGACUCGCUAUAAUCCACUCAACGGGGAUCUCAUCCGAGCCAGUCAAGCAUUUGCUUUCAAAAAUGGUUUGGCCGUCACCAAUCAUGUACUCUCGCCGAGGAUCAAGGCGGUCAACAUGUGCAUUCAGGGACUGCGGGGCCACACCGCCGCAGUGUACGACGUCACCAUCGCGUACUCCAACACAGGUGAAGAGUGCAGUAGCCUGGAAAUGGUGGAGAGACGACCGGCUCCGGGAAUGCCAGAAUUCCUGCAGUUACGGUGCCCUCGUAUCCACGUCCACAUCCGGCGUAUUCCCAUGGAGACGAUUCCGGAGGACGAAGAGUCUUGCCAUCGAUGGCUGCAUGAACUCUUUGAGGAAAAGGACAAUAUGCUGUCAGAUUUCUACUCCAACAACACUGAGAAGCGAGGUCGCCUCGAGGGCGAAGGUCGCAGCACUCACCUGGGACUGCUGUCCACCCUGCCAGCCGUGGCGUUCUCCUGUGCCCUGCUGGCCCCACUGGUGGGGACCAGCUAUGGCCGGCAGCUGUACUGGAAGAUCUGGCUGUUCGGGUCGUUGGCUGGAAUCACGUGGAUGAAGCUGACCACCUGAGCGGCAGUCGGAAUUUUUCAGGCCCGUCCAAAAAAACGCAACCUUUUCUGGUGGAAAAUGGGUUGUCAAGAUUGUCUAGAGAAUGGAAGUUUUUUCUUCAUAGUGAUGGUGUUAUUGUUGAAAAUGGACUGUAGUUAACAAAUUUUGGAAAAUUCCCAAUCCAACCUCUACCCAUAAAUCCUGGUUUUGACAGAACAUGCCACAAAUGCCUUCUAAACUCUACUCCAAGCUGAACUCAGCAAUUUGCAACAUGUUUGCAACAUUUGCAAACAUUUUUUUUUUAAUUGUAGAUGAUUUAACUCCCAAUGCCAUUUUGUUCCCGGCAAGAACUGUUCUCUCUCCUCCCAAAUCAUCUACUGUGCAACGAAGUGGUUCCACUUUUUUGCUUCUUUUAACACAGGGAUUAACUCUUACCCACUGGGGCCUUCUUAUAAGGGUACAUCCCCAAGCCUCCAAAAUCCUCCAACUGCGCAACCUCAAAAACUGCAUUCAUGCUGAAUCCUCCAACUGCCCAACCUCAAACACUGCAUUCAUGCUGAAUCCUCCAAAAUCUUCCAAAAUCACCCCGAGGAUUUUGGCGGACUGAGGUGGGGUUAGGGUUAAGCCCUUGGUGGAGGCUGGGCUUUUGACCAUCUGUGAUGGUGCAAAGUCCUCCCAUAAAACCUCCUGCCAACUUUGUGGGUAAGGUGUGACAAAGACCUUUGGAACUGAGCUGGAUUGGGCAGAACUCUUAGCAGAAACCCAAUAUGGGUCAAGGGUCAGAGGUCAAUUAGAACAUAGCAGUUAGGUCACAUCCACAGAUCUGAUUUGAUCGUUCAGGAAUGGGUGUGCAGUGAAUAUUCGUGUAAUAGACCAGGGUCAACCGGACUACUACUUACAGAGUAUUCUAGUGAUAACAUUUUGCCAGCCUCAAGAGAAACUGUCUACUGUAUGUGUAGCAGUGGUAUUGUCAAUUUUUUUAAUACUGUUCAGAGGAAUCAGGAGUUUGCACUGAAAUUUCGUACAAACACUUCUUAAAAAUCUGUCUUUACUGGGUUUUCUGUAUGCUUGUUAAAUGAUCUGUAAAACCAGUCUAGAUUUGUCAAUUGUUGCCUUGGCAGGUGUGGGUGUCCAAGGUGGGUUUUCUGGAAAAUAAAAUAAAAGUGCAGUCUUGUUUAUCUUGUUGGAGA